AUGAAGGGACAACCCAACCUACACACUAUGAUCGUUUUGUCGCUGUUGGCGGUCACAGUUUUCUUCUCCAGCCUUGGGCAGAGUCAAGUGACGCCGCCCACAAAACUAAGAUUUCAUGUUGUGUCACAAGACAGUGUGCAGAUUUCAUGGAAAGCAUCCAAAGAUAGAAUUAGAGGAUAUAAACUUCUUGUGACACCAAAAUCAGGUGGGAAAACCAACCAGCUAAAUCUUAAAAACAACGCCACCAGAGCCAUCAUUCAAAGACUUGAUCCUGACCGGAGUUACAAUGUACAGAUCAUUGCCUUUAAUGAAGAUGAUGAAAGCAAGCCAGUUCGUGGAGAGUUUAGAAUUAGGGAUUUGGAAAAGAAGAGAAAAACUGCCAAAAAUCCAAAGUCGGAAAGUGAGAACCAGAUCCUGGAGGAAGACUCAAAGUUUGCCUGUAAGUCGCCAGCCAAUGCAGACAUUAUAAUCCUGGUCGAUGGAUCCUGGAGUAUCGGAAGAGUGAACUUUAGACUUGUAAGAAGCUUCAUAGAGAAUUUAGUUGGAGCUUUUAACGUUGCCGAAGAUAAAACAAGAAUAGGGUUGGCACAGUACAGUGGUGACCCCAGAAUAGAAUGGAAUCUAAAUACAUACGACACCAAAGAUGCCGUACUUGAUGCUGUCCGAAACCUGCCUUACAAAGGUGGAAACACACUUACAGGUCUUGCCUUGACAUACAUUCUGGAAAACAGUUUUAAGACAGAAGCGGGAGCCAGACCGGAUCUCCCAAAGAUCGGUAUCUUGAUUACAGAUGGAAAAUCACAAGAUGACGUUAUCCCACCUGCAAAAAGCCUGAAGGAUGCUGGCAUUGAACUUUUUGCUAUCGGUGUGAAAAAUGCUGACCUUAAUGAAUUGAAGGAGAUUGCCUCGGAACCACACAACGACCAUGUUUACAACGUAGCUGACUUCAACAUCAUGGACUCCAUUGUUGGAUCGCUCACAAAAACCGUGUGCGAGAGAGUGGAAGAUAUCGACAUUAAUAUUAAGGGAGAGGUAACUGAAGUGGUUGGAUCUCCCUCUGAUUUGGUCACAUCGGAAGUAACAGCAAGAAGUUUCCGGGUUAGCUGGAGUCAUGGACAAGGCAAUGUGGAAAAAUACAGAGUUGUCUAUUACCCUACCAAAGGAGGACAACCAGAAGAGGUGAUAGUGGAUGGCAGUGUGUCCACUACGGUGCUCAAGAACUUGAUGUCUCUCACAGAAUACCAGAUAGCAAUUUUUGCUGUGUACGCCAGAUCUACAACGGAUGGGCUGCGAGGCAGUGAAACCACCUUGGCAUUACCAAUGGCCACCGAUCUUGAAUUGUAUGAUGUCACUCACCGGAGCAUGAGAGCAAAAUGGCGCGGAGUUGCAGGAGCUAGUGGUUACAUGAUCCUGUAUGCACCUCUCACUGAAGGAUUAGCAGCAGAUGAAAAAGAGAUGAAGGUUCCUGGGUCCGUUACUGAUGUCGAACUGGAUGGCCUGACUCCCAGUACAGAAUACACAGUGACAGUCUAUGCAAUGUUUGGAGAAGAGGCCAGUGAUCCACUCACAGGACAGGAAACAACACUGCCGUUAAGUCCUCCCAGAGACCUCAGAUUUUCAAACAUCGAGCACAGCUCGGCCACCGUCUCCUGGGACCACUCGAACAGGAAUGUUAAUGGUUACCGGAUCAUGUACGUGAAAACGGGAGAGUCGGACAUCAACGAUGUGGAAGUUGGCCGAAUUUCAAACUACAACCUAAAGAAACUGACAUCGCUCACAGAGUACACAGUGGCCAUUUUCUCUGUUUUUGAUGAAGGACAAUCUGAGCCCCUCACAGGCACUUUUACGACAAAGCCGGUGCCAUCUCCUCGUGAUUUGAAAGUCAGGGAUAUCUCAGCACGCAGUUUUGUGGCUUACUGGACACAUUUUGCACCAGAUAUAACUAUGUACAGACUCCAAUGGACACCCCGGAGAGGUGGUGCUACGCAAGAGGAUGAAAUUAAAGGGGAUAUCAGCUCCUAUCUUAUUGAUGGCUUGACACAUAGCACAGAGUAUGAAGUCUCCUUGACAGCUAUGUUUGCUGAUGAAUCUGAAAGUGAUGCUCUGUCAGCUUUGGCUACUACACUGACUCGGACCACUCAAGCCCCAACUACAGCCAGACCUACAACAGCAGCUAUCCGUUUUGGAAUCAGAAACCUUUUAAUAGAUGAUGAAACCACAUCUAGUCUUCACGUAUCAUGGUUAAUGACUGAUGCUAACAUUCGCCAGUAUAUCGUAUCCUACAUCACUACUUAUGGAGAUCGGGAAGAAAAAGUUGUAUCAGGUCGAGAAAACGAUGUUGUGCUGCAACCUCUGCUGUCUGACACUGAGUACAAAGUCACUGUGACUCCCGUGUACUUCAGUGGAGAAGGGAACCCUGUGUCCAGCUCUGGGAGAACAUUGCCGCUCUCUGCUCCAAGGAACCUGCGGGUUUCUGACGAAUGGUAUAACAAACUGAGGAUAACAUGGGACCCUCCUCCUUCACCAACCAUGGGCUACAGAAUAGUGUACAAGCCUACCAGCGGUUCAGGUCCGGCUCUGGAGACUUUUGUGGGUGAUGAUGUGAACACCAUAUUGAUUCUCAAUCUUCUCAGUGGGACGGAAUACAACCUGAAGGUUCUGGCGUCAUAUUCCACCGGAUCCAGCGAUGCCUUGACUGGAGUUGGAAAAACAUUAUAUCUUGGAGUGACGAAUCUGAGUGCGUACCAAGUGAGGAUGAACAGCAUCUGUUCCCAAUGGCAACUGCAAAGACAUGCAACCUCCUACAGGAUCAUCAUCGAGUCACUGCAGGAUGGCUCCAAGCAAGAAGCCAACCUGGCUGGAGGAACGUCUCGUCACUGUUUCUAUGAACUCCUGCCUAACUCUAGAUACAGGAUCACCGUCUAUGCACAGAUGGGGGAGGCCGAGGGACCCGGCGUCAGCAUUGUAGAAACAACACUGCCGGCUGCAACUGCAGCACCAACCAAACCUCCAACUCCACCACCAACCAUUCCUGUGGCACGAGAAGUGUGUAAGUCCGCAAGAGCAGACCUUGUAUUCCUGGUGGAUGGAUCCUGGAGUAUCGGAGACGACAACUUCCACAAAGUUAUCAACUUCCUUUACAGCACAGCCGGAGCCAUGGAUGAGAUUGGCCCUGAGGCAACACAGGUCGGAGUCGCUCAGUACAGUGAUGACGCGAGGACAGAAUUUAAGCUAAGCUCACAUAAAAGCAAGGCUUCUCUUUUGGCUGCUAUAAAUGCAAUAUCGUACAAAGGCGGGAACACAAAGACAGGCAGAGCAAUCAAGCACGUCAGAGAAGAUUUGUUUACUGUGGAAUCUGGCAUGAGGAAAGGUGUGCCGAGGGUUUUGGUGGUGAUUACCGAUGGGCGCUCCCAAGAUGAAACUGUUAAGUUUGCCAGUGAGAUGCAUUUGGAAGGCUUCAGCAUUUUUGCCAUUGGCGUGGCGGAUGCAGACUACAAUGAAUUAGUGAACAUUGCCAGCAAGCCCAGCGAGAGACACGUCUUCUUCGUCGAUGACUUUGAUGGGUUCAAGAAAAUAGAAGAUGAGCUGGUCACUUUCAUUUGCGAGACAGCGUCAGCAACUUGCCCUUGGGCCUACAUCCAAGGGAACAGCGUGUCAGGUUUUAAAAUGAUGGACAUGUUUGGGUUGGUGCAGAAGGAAUACUCCUCCUUGGAUGGGGUCUCCAUGGAGCCUGGAACUUUUAAUAACUUCCCAUGCUACAGGAUACACAAAGAUGCUCUGGUGUCUCAGCCCACGAAACAUAUCCAUCCAGAGGGCCUCCCUUCAGAUUAUACCAUCUCCUUCCUUUUCCGACUACUCCCCGAUACUCCGAAGGAACCUUUUGCACUGUGGGAAAUCUUGAACAAAGGCUACGAGCCAUUGGUUGGCGUAAUACUUGACAAUAAUGGUAAAACACUAACUUUUUUUAAUUACGACAAUAAGGGACAGUUUCAGACUAUUACCUUUGAAGGACCUGAGGUUAGAAGAAUAUUCCAUGGCAGCUUUCAUAAGGUACAUAUUAUAGUUACAAAGACUAAUUCCAAGCUAAUCAUCGACUGCAAACAAGUUGGGGAAAAGCCAUUAAACGUUGCUGGAAAUAUCACCACGGAUGGUCUAGAAGUCCUAGGCCGGAUGGUGAGAUCCCGAGGAGCCAGAGACAACUCCGCUCCAUUCCAGCUGCAAAUGUUUGACAUCGUGUGUACAUCAACCUGGGCCAAUCGUGACAAGUGCUGUGAGCUACCUGCAAUGAGAGAUGAAGCCACCUGUCCUCCUCUUCCAAAUUCCUGCUCCUGCGCCGAGGAGAACAAAGGAUUACCCGGGCCCCCAGGACCUCCGGGUGGUGCUGGUAUGAGAGGACCCAAAGGAGCACAAGGGGAUCAAGGGUCAUCGGGGCCAGAUGGACUGCAAGGCCCAAUAGGCCCAGCUGGAGCUCAGGGACCACCUGGACCACAGGGACCAAGUGGACAUUCCAUUCAGGGACCAUCUGGUCCUCCUGGUGUAAAAGGAGAUAAAGGAGAAGCUGGAAAUCAAGGAAAUCAGGGACUUCCUGGCCAACCAGGGUCUCCUGGAAUAGAAGGACCUACGGGACAAAGGGGGUUUCCAGGAAAGGAUGGCACAUCCGGACCCCCUGGACCGCCUGGAUCAAUGGGUACGCCAGGUAAUCCAGGAUCCCCAGGCUCUCCAGGAGGCCCAGGACGUCAGGGUGAGAAUGGACCACCGGGUCCUCCUGGUAUAAAAGGAGAAAGAGGAGAAAGAGGGGACACCCAGUCACAGAACAUGGUCCGUUCAAUUGCUCGCCAAGUGUGUGAGCAAAUCAUACAGAGUCACAUGGCCAGAUUUAAUUCACUCCUGAACCAAGUACCAAGUCAGUCUGUAUCAGUGAGAAGUAUCGCUGGGCCUCCAGGACAGCCAGGCACACAGGGCCCACAAGGUCCACCUGGAGAACAAGGAUCUCCUGGAAGACCAGGAUUCGAUGGCACCCCCGGCUCACCAGGAACACCAGGAGAGAGAGGUUUAUCUGGUGAAAAGGGAGAGAGAGGAAACUCCGGAGUGGGAACACAGGGACCGAGGGGUCCACCGGGAGCUCCAGGAUCACCCGGUGAAGGUCGUACUGGAAGCCAAGGUCCAGUUGGGGCUCCUGGUCAGCGUGGCCUCCCAGGUCCUUCAGGUAAUACUGGUCCUAUGGGUCCUCCUGGUCCACAAGGUUAUUGUGAUGCUGCCUCCUGUGCUGGAUAUGGUGGGUAUGGGGGACAACCUGAUCAAGGUUCUCCUGAAAGCUAUGGCCCGCAAAGUCCUUACGAUGACGAUGAUGAGGAACCAGAUCCCUAUGCGCAUUACCAAGUUGCCUACCCAGAGUCCUAUGGGCAUGGUGGUUACAUCCAGCCAGAGUUCACCCCGGUACAGGAGGAGGAUGAGCAGGUAUCUAUGGAGGUGAGGUCUCCUGGAAUCAGUCGUUUUACCCGUAGCCUUGGAAGAAGAUCACCUAAAUUUCUGAAACACGGUUAAGAGGGAUGAAUGGACUCUUUAAAGUAGCUAUACGUCCUUCCUUUGUGGGACUGCCACACCACAUUGUAUACAGUACAUUGUACAUAAGUAACUUUUUUGAUGUUUUUGGAAAUUGUUUACAUAAAUUCGAGUCUCAAAACAAAGAUAUGUCUUCAAAAAAAUAUGUAAUGUAUGGACGGAAUAAAUACUGAUUCAGUUUGUU